AUAUCAGAAAUACUUAUCCGUUUUGCGAAAAGUGGUUCGAUUACGCAAAGAAGAUUGAGAAUCACGUAAUUUAUGUGCAUAGAAAACCGUAUAAAUGCGACAUGUGUAAGAGAACAUGUCACACAGCUCGAGCUUUAAAGGAACACAAGAUGAUCCAUCGAUCGGAUUAUUUCUUCGAGUGCAAUAUUUAUCAUGUGAAAUACAAGAACGACAGCUUGAAGAAGCACAAUAUGCGACUCUAUGGCAAGUACGAAUCGAAAUACAUAUGCGAGCAUUGUAGCUACAAAUUGAAGACAAACUUGACUCAUCACAUGAAGAGAUUGCACACUUCAGAGUUACAGAUUUGUCGAUUCUGCGGGAAGUAAAAAGUAAAGAAUGUGAAGAUACACGAGUGUAGGCAUCAGAAACAUGACAAAGAAAUAAAAUACUUUCAUACUUGCCACUUGUGCCGCAAGCAAUUCCUUCACAGAAGUAGAUUAAACAAUUAUUUGAGACUCCACGAGAAAGGUUUUAAAUGAGAAUUGUAGCAAAGAAUAUGGAACACAUGAAUCAAUGAAUCACAAAAGAUUCAAGCAUGGUGCGUGAAGAUUUUGACCUGUAUCUUGUGACAAAAAGCGUUUCCUUUCAGCAGUAAUUUUUAAUAAAUGCGAUAUUUGCGAGGAAGAUUUUACUCAGCGUUCUAACCUUUUGAGACACAGAAAAUAUCAUCAUUUCCGCCGUUGCAAUACGAUACAUCCGCAGAUUGCUGAAUUGGGAUUUUUUAUUUGGAAAAACUACAAAUCAACAAAAGCUGCAUCUUGGACGCGAGAUUAUGAUUUGAAAUCACGUUCUUUGCGAAUUGAGUCUUGGAAUGUGGUUUCAAAUAAUUGAGAUACUGCUUUUUUGGGAACAAUAUAAAGUAUUUUAGAAGACAAUUUGAAAUUAUUAAUGUACAAUGCGCUAGACCCACUCGCUCCAACUUUUCUGAUAGUAAAGCUAGAAGAUAAUUACUUUCGGAUACCAACGUCGCUGAGCGUGUUCAUGAUGAAGGAACCGAAUCCGAACGGAGAGGCGAACGCCCAAUCGUCGUCGAAAGGCGAAAUCGUGGAAUCGGGGAAAACGAAGAACAACAACAACCAAUCGGAAGAGAAAACGAAGGAUAACGCGAGCACGGACGACCCGUUCGACGAUCUCGACGACGCGCCGUUGGACUUUCGAAAGAGGCAGGAACAGGAGAAGAGCAAAUCGAGCAAACAAGUUCCAAAGAAGAAGGUGCACACAUGCGAGAUCUGUUACGCAACGUUCGACCGUAAGAGCAAGCACACCAGGCACAUGUUCAAGCACAGCAACUCGAGGCCGCACAAGUGCGCCGUUUGCUCGAAAGGGUUCAAAACGACGGCUCACCUGUCCAGGCACAUGGAGGUACACGACGAGCCUGUCAAUUUGCACGCGUGCAGCCUGUGCGACUUCAAAGCGCGCACCAAACCCUAUCUCAAGAUCCAUUACAUCAGAAAGCACACGGAGGAUUACAAUUACAAGUGCGAGCAAUGCGGGAAGAUGUUCAAGGUGCAGUCGGAUUACACGACCCACGUGAAGGACCACGACACGGAGUCUUGCGUGUGCGACAUAUGCGGCUCCUCUUAUCCGAGCAAAAGCUCCCUCUACUUCCACAAACAUUACAAGCACAAGACGAAGGUGAAGAAGUUUCAAUGCCAGACCUGCAAGAAGAAGUUCAAGACGCAGAAGAAUCUCGACAGUCACAUGGAACUGCACAAGAUCAAGUACGUUUGCGAGCAAUGCGGGAUGGAGUUCAAGAGCAAAUACGGCCUCACCAAGCAUCUGAGGACUCAUUCAGGGGAGAAAUCUUAUUUGUGCGCGAUUUGCGGCAAGACAUUCGGGUGUCUGAGCUCGCAGAAGAUCCAUCUGUUGACGCACGUCGGCGAACGACCCUACGUUUGCGACAUAUGCGGGCAGAGCUUCACGCAGAGGUCGCCCAUGAUGCUGCAUCGCAGGAAGCAUCCGGGGGUGCAUCCGCCUCCCCCACCGAUCAAAAUAACGAACCUGCUUCACGGUGUACAGGACAAAAUAAUCGUGAACAAGAGCGGCAAGUAAAUGCAACAAAAUCCAGGUGGACAAUGUACAUUCUCUCUCUUUUUUUCCCCCUCUUUUUUUUUCUUUCUUAUUUUUUUUUUUCUUCUUUUUUUUUCUCUCUCUGUCUAAUGUUAAAGUUAGAAGGUGAAAAGUAUGAAGGUGAACGGGAGCAUCGAUUUUGGUUGUUGGUUAACGAUGUUUGUUCGAGUGAAGAAACUUUAUUCUCUUCGAGCGUUGAAGCGUUUCCCUGUGAAACUAAUUGUGUUCCAUUAGGUCGUUCAAUUUUUGAGGGAGGUUAAUAAGAAGUUUUUUGUGGGAUCGUACUAGAAGUAUUAGGUCGACAGACUGCGACAGUCGUGUUCAUCAGUCUACGUGAUAAC